CCUCGACCGGGGUGAGAAGCGCCGUGAGAAGCGCCGUGAGUGGCUGAGAGGACUGAGCGUUCCCUGCAACAGCUGCCUCUAUCCACAACGGGAGUUGGCGGAACUGAGCCCAGUGGAGAACGACAAACAGCCGCUUUGUCACGCAUUGCCUCAGUACCGUACCAGCAGGCCAAACGCAGAACACCUAGGACGGCAUAUCUAUACAUUCAUGACCGGACAGGGAUUAAGUGGCUUAGAAGACAAUUGCACGGAAGGGAUAGAACGGAUUUUACACAGGACUGUUGGGUUUUAGGAGUGCCCCUGGCCACCAUGGAUACAACUUUGCAUAGCCUGCAGAAACCGACAGCCUCAACCGAUAAGGUCCUGGACGGUGGAACGGGACUCGCUUUGGAUAUGAGUAUGGGGGACCGGGAAUUCACGGAACACUCGAUUAGACUUACCGACAAAAUCCCGUUAGUGAAGCCCUAUUUAAAAAAAAAGAAAGGACAGAGGAAACUGGACUCAAAAUGCCUCCGUGCGCUUCAGGACCCAAUCCUGACCACAUUACUGAGUACGGAUGCACUUGUUACCGGAGACGGGGUGUUUGUUCCCCGGAACCCUCCGACAAGGACAGCGGGGAACCUGUGCACUGCGGCGGUGGUCAAACAGGCACGGAUUGGUGGGCCUGUGUGUCUGAAAGAUUCGGGAGCUACCGGUGUAACGGCUAUGAUUACCGGCGACACUGACACAGAAAUGGCGGACACCGCCGCAGAGUUGGAGGAGACAGAGAGGGGGGUAACCAAGGUACCUGUAGAUCUCCAGCGCGUGACAAUAGACCCCAACGAACGCAGAUUCCAGCUCAAACGUGUCCCCCGGGCGCGCGAGGUGGGGGCGGCAACCCCCACACCAGAUACCCCUCUAGUAUCCCCUCCAAGCCAGGGGGGCAACACGAUGAGUGACCUCUUCGCCUCUAAAGCCUUGCGGGGGCCAGAUUGUCUGACCAUCAAAGACAGUACGAACACCCCCAGUCUUCAGGCCGACAAAGGCGAGAUAUUUCAGGAUAAAAGCGAAGAGGCCUCCCUGGAUCUAGUUUUUGAGCUGCUAACCCAGCUCCAGUAUCACACACACCAAGCCGACGCAGUUUCGAUCUGCGUGGAUUUCCUGCAGGGGUUGUGUGUGUACGGGAGUGACUGCGCUUACCACCAUACUGUGCUGCCCUACCACUGGCAGAUCCGCAGGAGUGAUACUCAAAGCUGGCAAAGCGUGGCGGAUGAUUCGCAGGAACAGUUGGAGAGGCUUUACUGCAAUCCGGACAAUGAGCAAGUCAGGCUGAAAUUUCAGGGUCGUGUGUUUUCCUUAGACUUCAGUGCCAUGCGUGUAUGUGACCUGGAGUUUGACCGCGUCAGACGGUUGACCACUCCCUCCAGCCCUGCCGCCCGGCCCCCAAACACAAACCCCGCCCCUAACUGCCACACAGUGUGGAAAUACUACUGCAGAGACAACUUUGGCUGGAGAGAAUACUCUGAGCCGGUGGUGCGUCUGAUAGAGGAGGCUGGUGGUCGUGGUCUGAAGGAGGUCCGAUUCAUCACCCUACAGAACCACUACAUCCUCAACAUCAGAGAGGGCUUCCAGCAGAACGCCGUGUUCGGCUUCAGACGCCAGAUCAAGAAGCGACCCCUCUUCCUGUCCUCCAUGGUCCUCACACCACAUCUACAGACUCUUGGUGGCCUCUCCUCUUUCCCCAUCUCCUCCUCCACUCUGGAUCUGUCUGUUUCUCUCCCUCUCUCUCCCACCUUCACCAACCCUCCCAGCGUAUUCCCAGAAACAUGGUUACCCAUGACGACCAGCCAGGACUUCCUGCAGGUUCCAGUAUCCCGUGACGACCGGAGCUAUCGGACCGUCUACACCCUCUUCCACAAGACGGUGUCCGAAACCAAGUUCCGCAUCCUGAAGAUACUCCGUGUUCAGAACCCCUUCCUCUGGGAGAAAUACAAGAGGAAGAAGGAGUACAUGUCUCGUCGUCUCUCGGAGAUGGACAGGAUGCUGAGCGAGCGUCACCUGUUCCACGGCACCUCCACUGAGGUGGUGGAGGGCAUCUGCAAACACAACUUUGACCCACGUGUCAGUGGCAAACACGCCACCAUGUUCGGACAAGGCUCCUACUUCGCCCGCAAGGCCGUCUACUCCCAUAACUUCUCCAAGCGCUCUCCUAAAGGGAUCCACUCCAUGUUCCUGGCCAAAGUCCUCACUGGCAGGUUUACAGUGGGGAACCCCUCUAUGCGUCGGCCGCCCCCACUCAGCCCCCGCGACCCCUCCAGUGACCUGUACGACUCGUGUGUAGACAACUGGGUGGACCCCCAGAUCUAUGUUAUCUUUAACGACGACCAGAGCUACCCCUACUUUAUCAUCCAGUACGAAGAGGUUCCCAGUACCGUGGCUAUCUGACACGAGAGCAGACCGAACCAAACCCAGUACCGUGGCUAUCUGACACGAGAGCAGACCGAACCAAACUCAGUACUGUGGCUGAGAACAGACCAGACCGAACCAAACCCAGUAUUGUGGCUGAGAACAGACCAGACCGAACCAAACCCAGUACUGUGGCUGAGAACAGACCAGACCGAACCAAACUCAGUACUGUGGCUAUCUGACACGAGAGCAGACCGAACCAAACCCAGUACCGUGGCUAUCUGACACGAGAGCAGACCGAACCAAACUCAGUACUGUGGCUGAGAACAGACCAGACCGAACCAAACUCAGUACUGUGGCUGAGAACAGACCAGACCGAACCAAACCCAGUAUUGUGGCUGAGAACAGACCAGACCGAACCAAACCCAGUACUGUGGCUGAGAACAGACCAGACCGAACCAAACUCAGUACUGUGGCUGAGAACAGACCAGACCGAACCAAACCCAGUGCUGUGGCUGAGAACAGACCAGACAGAACCAAACCCAGUACUGUGGCUGAGAACAGACCAGACAGAACCAAACCCAGUACUGUGGCUGAGAACAGACCAGACAGAACCAAACCAGAGCUACCUCAUACUGCAUCAUCAGUAUGAAUAGUUAACCAGUACUGUCGACAUCUGAGACCUAUUGGUUCCUCCCUACACCAUUUUGGGUCUGAACAGUUUAAUUCGGACACAAUGCUGUGAGAAUAGACAUUAGCGUCUGCCAUUUUGGGUCUGAACAGUGGACAGUUUAAUUUGGACCCAAUGCUGUGUGAAUUAAUAAUUGCCUUGGCGUCUGCCACUUUGGAUCCCCAUCGGGACUGAACAGUGGACAGAGUCACUGAGACUCAGUGCUGGAGUGACCACAUAACGUUUCUGUUUAAAACAUGACCCCCAUCUCUCUCUAAGACCUCUUUCUCUCAGAGGGCAGACAUAUUUGGUGAGAUAAGCUGUACGUACGUUCUUGUUGUUUAUAUUUGAACUGUGUGCCUUUUGUUCAUAAAAAUGUUUAUUUAUGUUAGUUAAUGUAACAUUGAGUAAAUAAAUCAUCUAAAAGAGAAAA